AUGGAAACUAACACAGAAAAAGAACAAAAACAAAAACAACGAAGAAAGGAUGAGAUUGGAUCCUCAUCCGAGGACGAACUUCUCGCCUCUAGUCAAGAGACGGUAGUGAGUCCUUCAGGUAGUGGGAAUGAAAGACAUAGCACUCUCCUACCCUCAAAAAGCCCGACAAAUACUCCUCAAUCCGACGCCAAGGCUGGCGACAAUUCGAGGAAAAAAAGGCCAAAAAGGAAAAGUCAGAAAGACAUCCUCAAAGCUAGAUAUACCAAGGCUGUUUUCAUUCUCGACAAGAUUGCCAAGAAUGCUGCUAAUGGUACACCUCAUGAACGCGAUGAAGAUGAUCGCGUCAAAUAUCAAGCUGUGGUGGAUGAGUACCAAAAGUUUUUGGAGACCGCACCCAGCACAUCCAAAAUGGCUGCUGAAACCGAAAGGUCCAAGCGAAACCGCUCACAGGUUGAGGAUGGUAAAUCGCCAAAAAGGAGGAAGGUAAUAGAAGGCAAAACCACUCCGGGACCUGUAGCCAUCACGACAACUGCCAGAAGACCAUUUAACGAAGUGGUGAAGGACCACCUCCUAAUGGCUCUGGUUACUGAAAAAGAUGGGGCCAUCAACCCUGUAGUAACAGAAUGGGGUGCCAUUGAGUCUAAAUUAACUGAGCUCGUUAUGGAACACUUGCUCACUAACAAAGACGACAAGGUACCCCGUUUUGACUCCAGUGAGAUUCACCGGGGAUACAGGGUGAUCAAAUGCCUGGACGAAUUCUCAAAGGGGUUCCUCAACAAAUGCAUCACUAAGAUUAGAGAUGCAUGGGUAGGUUUAAGCCUUAAACUAAUCCCUGCUGAGGAAAUUCCAAUGAGACCUCGUGCAAGAGUUUGGUUACCAAAGAUGAGCGCCGAAGCACCCAAGAUGUUGGAAUGCCUCAAACGGCAGAAUCCCAACAUACACAUGAAUGACUGGGCUAUCAUCCGCACAGAACAAGGCGAAGGGCACACAUGUCUAAUUCUCGCCAUCACAGAAGCUGGCUCCGUUGAGCUGGAGAAGGUGGGCUUUAGGCUGUUCUUUGGGGUGAGGGGCGCCAAAGUAAAGGUGUUCCGGCCGACAAAAUCGGGGAGUGAAGAGACGGAUGAGAUGGAAGCUGCCAACUCUCUGCUCACUGGCAUGAAACUCUCCGAGCCACCUAUUAAACCUGACAAUGGCACUAAAGAUAGUGCAAAUUAA